AUGGAUAAAAAGAAAAAGAGACAAUUAUUACAAAAUCGUGAAGACUUCAUCACUCAACUUUAUCAAGAAUGCAUAUCGAUAAAAGAAAUAACGAAAUGGUCACAAUUUGAACCAAUUUAUGAGAAAUUGCAAAAAGUCAUCGAUGUUGAAAAAGAUCUAUCAAAAUCAAAUCCAACAUCAAACCGAGAAGAACGAUUGAAUGAUUUCAAUGUGUGGCUACAUUCGAAUGGUGUCGAUACUUCAAAUGUUGAGAUCUGUCUAUUUGAAAACUAUGGCUUUGGCUUAAAAGCUCGGAGAUCGCUUUCAACCAACGAUUGUUAUCUAACUAUACCACUUUCCCUUACGAUUACAACAGAUACAAUCAUGAAUUCUCCAUCACUUGCUUCGUUAGUGACAAGUGAUCAAUUACUUCGUUCUAUGCCAAACGUCGCUUUAGCACUAUUCCUUCUUCAUGAAGGUUCACAAUCAAAAUGGAAACCCUAUAUUGAUGUUUUGCCAAAUGAGUUCAAUACACCAUUAUAUUUUAAUCUUGAUCAAUUAAAUCGAUUGAAAUCGUCUGCCGUACUUUGCGAUGUUUUAAUGCACAUACAAAGAAUUGCCAGACAGUAUUGCUAUCUACACAAUCUACUCAAAGGCCAACUAGCACUUUCAAAACUUGCGGAAAACUUUUCAUACGAUGCAUAUAGAUGGGCAGUAAGUGUUGUUUCAACACGGCAAAACAAUGUUUUGAAUGACCAAGGCGAACCUCGAUUAGGGCUAAUCCCACUUAUGGAUUUUGUGAAUCAUCAGAACGGUCGAGAAUGCAUUCACUAUGAUGAAAAUCUCAAACAAAUCGAGUGUAAAGCAAUGAAAGAUGUUGAAAAAGGUGAACAAAUAUUUAUGUUUUAUGGAAGGCGAACAAAUGCUGAAUAUUUAAUUCACAAUGCUUUCGUUCCUGAUCAACAUAAUCCACAUGACACAUAUUUGUUAAAAUUAGUUCUCCCAAAAACGGACACAGCGUUCGACCGAAAGAGUGAACUUCUCCAACGAUACGGAUUCGAAACAUCAGAGAAGUUUCCCUUAUUCGUCGACAAUGAACUUUUAAACCCAUCGAUAUUUAUUUUUCUCAAAAUAUUUCUUAUGAAUUCGAACGACGUAUUCAAAGUACUUGCAGAAAAUAUGACGCUGGAUGAUUUCUUCGAUAGGUAUACAUUGGACAAAGAUAACGAUAUUCGAACAUAUCUCAAAACACGUCUACAACUGCUAAUUCGUUCAUUGAAUGUGACGUCUUUGACAAACAAUGAUUCUAUUGAUCGUCUAUUAAAGUGUGAAUACGAUAUGUUAGCGAAAGCCUUUCAAAAGCUUGAAAUUCCUUUUUGA